AUGGCAACCACGAAGUCCCUGCUCCUCUACUUGACGGCGACACUCUUCUUGGUGGCGAAUGUGAGAGCUGGUAGCAACACACGCUUCCAACAAUUCUGGCCUUAUUACCGCGACUAUUUUGUGCACAUCCGCGACACAAAAUGUGCGGAUUUAUACGCGACCCAGCAGACACUGAGUGGUUCGGAUGCGAGCAUGCGGACACUAAAAGAUUCGGAUCCCACACGGUCGCCCAAUUGCAACAUGCUGUUAGACUGUAUCUUGGAGAACACGCGCGAAUCCAUGAAGUUAAACAUGGCCACUGGCACUGUCGCGCUGGGCAUCAUGCCGGCAAUCCUGGUAUUCCUUGGAUCCAGCACGGCGGAGACAUCGUUGCUGUCGAAGCGCCGGCCGUUACUUGCCCUCCUGGUCGCGUGCGGCUCGCCAGCGGUCAAUCCGAUACAGAUGUUCGACUACCAAAAUCCAGUGGUCGAUCUAAAGACGCGCGAGGGGCGUCGCCUACCUGGCCAUCUAUUGAACUUGUCUCGCCUCCAGUCAGCUGCUGUGGUGCUCGCUGAGUAUAUCCUGGUAGCAGGUGUCAUUGUCAAUGUGAUCACCGCAAGUUUCCACGCCGGCUCCUGGACUACCAAUGCCAUCAGCUGCGAUACUUACUAUUAUCCACUCCUCUGGGCGGUACUCACCUCUUGUGUCCACAUCAUCGGGGGGAUCUGGGCCAUUUAUCUGCGAGCUGAGACUAUAAGGGAUCCUCAGGCUAAACGAGGAUUGGCAAUCAAGUUAACAGAAUGGUUGCGGCACGAGUUCAGCCCUUGUAUCACGCACAAUAAGUUGGUCCUGAAGUGGAAUGAUGAAACAUAUCUCUACAUUUUUGUGUCCUGGUUCGCCUGCGUUGCAACGAGUGCGCAUGUCAUUUUUGGUGUCGUAGCAUUCUCCUCUUUAAUAUUCAUUGGGUAUGUCGAUAGCCUCAAGAUCAUCGGGAGAUUCAUUGCUUCCGCUGUUGUUUGCAGAUCAGUUUUGAUGUUCGAGCUGGCGGGCAUGAGGAAUGCAAUACUAAAGAACGAAGAAGUCAUUAGCAAUGGGAAUGGGAAGAAAUGA